ACGAGUAUUUCCAUUGAACUUGAUGCUAUAUGGAUCUAUAGUCUUUGGGUUUCCAGCCAACUGUCUGCUGCCGAGUAUCGGAGGGGGUUCGGCUGAACCGGUCUACUUUGGAAAUACCGGGGACUCUCAGUACAGCGUAGAGGUAUGAUAAUAUUGUAUAUCUUUAAUCGUUGACAGAAACAGACUGUGAUGCUAACAGAGCUAGCUCUUUAGCUCGACAGUCUCUCUCUCUCUCUCUGUGAGCUGGACUGACAGCAUCUGAAGGUUAGCUCUGAAGGCUCAGUGUGCUAGCCCCUGACUCAUUUUACUGACCUGUACUAUUGACUCUUGAGGAGGGUCGGACGAACCUGUCUGUUAACUCGUUGACGGACACGGAGUUGAACUAAGUUUGGUAUUAUAGACGCAGAUAUUUGACAGUAAGUUUCUGUCAAUGCAGACCAAAAUGUGUCAAACACAGCAGCAGUCUGUUAUUAAAAACAGAGGUCAGUUUACAGCUAUGGUGGGUAUAUUCAAUUGUUUCAAGUCUUUUCUAAGUAUGUGAACAUUAAUUAUACUUUUUUGUAUCAGCACAUUUGUUAAUAUUGUAUUUAAGAAAAUAAUGCAGUGAAAUACAACUGUACCACAAAUUCCAGCCUGCUUUCAGCUUUGACAUUUUCAAUUUAAGUGCUCAUAAUGUUGUGGCAGAUGAGUCCAGGUGUAUAUGCACUGAAUAGUUUUGCAGGAAUGCCUGUAUGAGUCCUGAAAAACCUGACAAAUAUGUCAGCCCUCUACCUUUAUUCCCAGCUGGAAAAAAAAACUCAAUUUAUGCUCUAAAAUCUGCAUACACACAUACUGUUUAUACUUUAAAAUAGGGCUGGAUGAUAUGGCCUCAAAUCAAUAUCAAAAUAUAUUGAGCAGUUCACCUCGAUAACGAUAAAUGGACGAUAACUACUCUACAAGCUGUUCACCCCCUCCCACAUUAACUUCAUCUACUUCAGCCGCUCCAGCCACUCCAACUUUUAAAAACGUCCUCCAUCUCCUCACCUGUCUGUCCCUCUUUGUUAUGGACUGGAUGGGGUGGAGUCACAUCUCCGACAUAGGACAGCAUCUAAAAGGGACAUGAGAACAUAGCCUACCAACACACACGCCCAAAAUCAACUUUUAUUUAUUUAUUUUGACACCAAAUUUACCUAUAUGGGUAAAAUGACAUUGUUUAUUGUCAUAAAUUUAGGUAUCAGUAAAUUUUCGGUUUAUUGCCCAGCCCUACUUUGAAAUGCAUUACACCAGGAAGUAUUCAAGAUAAGAUAAGAUAAGAUAAGAAGAACUUAUUAAUCCCAGAAGGGAAAUUCAAUUGUCUGUCGUCUCAUUUGUCAUGUCUCUAAAAGUUAUCUACUAUUUCCAGAAGAGUUGUAAAGUCUGACGGCUGUUGGUACAAAAGAUCUUCUGAUUCUUUCUGUCCUGCAGCGAAGAGAGAGGAGCCGUCCACCACUACUGGCCCUCUGGUUCAUUAAGGUGUUAUGAAGUGUAAAUACAGACCAGGCAUGCUUAUACCUUUACUGUCAUCAUCAUUUUAAGUUUUAUCACUGAAGAUCAUCAUGGAAAUGAUAAGGAGGUAACUUUUUACAGAAGCACAGAAGCCUUAGGCAGACAUUCAGCCACUUAUUUUACUCCCACUUAUUUAACUUAUCUCAUAAUGUCGACUGAUCGAUCAUACCCCAAAUGUCCAAGUAGGCUUAGCUUACCUUAUUGGUGUUGGCAAUGGCAUGGCGUGUCCUGGUCUGGCCCAUCACAGUGACCAGCCAGUUGUUAUGUGUUUUAGAAAGCCAGAAAAAUGUUCUGCUGCCACAAGAAAAUAACCCUCAUUAGCUAAGAGCAAUUAAGUCUUCCUAACAGAGAAAGAAACAACUUUGAUCAUUUAAGAUGAUGAUAUAAAUAAAUCCUUAAUUAAGAAUGGUGUUAAAUUUUGGGCUGAGCCUCUUAUCAAGAUGGGGGUUAUGCCCUUUCCGGGGAAAUAAAGGAUAUUGGUCAGUGCAUUUACAUUUUUCUAUCAAAAAAAAAAAAAAACUCACAAUGGUAAUGCACCAGCUGGAGGGUCUGUAUCAAAACCAGCCCAGUACAGCUGAAAAGGUGCUGUCCAAACUGCCAAAGAAGAAAGGAAGUGAGAAGAUUUACACAGAGAGUCUUGUCAUUGUACUAAGCAUUGUCUAAACAUCAAGAUAUAAUACCCAAUCUUGGAUGCAAGCUUAGCCUGUGGAGAGAUUGGUCACGAGAGGUCGUUGUCACUAUUUGUCUGAGUUAACAGAGACUCCAGACUUCAGUUCAUUUCAUACACUCAUGGACGUCUUAGUUACUCAGAGUGCAACUUGAUCAAAGUGUCCAUAUUUUUUCAGUUCCACUCUUACAUCCAGAUUUUGCUCUCUUGGUUCCCUUUGUUUUCUGCUUGAUGACAUUUGACUUUAAUGCGUAUGUUUAUUGAUUGUUACUUUACCACAGAGUGCCGUCAUGUAUUCAUUACAGCACGUUUGCGUCUUUUUUUUGUUUGUUUUUUUUUAAACCCUGACAUGCUAGUGUGUUGAUAAUAGAAGAAUCAAAACAUUUUGCUACUUUGAUAUAGACACUUGCCCUUAACACAGUCUUGCUUUGUAGAAAGUCUUGGUGCCUUUGCAGUGAAAUCAAAUAAAGGAUCAGGUUUAUAUCAGAGGAUUUACAGUAAAUCAAGAUCUCAAGAAUUAUCCUGGAAGAUUGAGUAAAUUGAGCCCCUCCCUCAUGAUCGUAUUUGAUUUAUGUCCAGUGAUCUGUAGCAGCUUUCUGUCAGUUCGCUGAACAGAUUUGUCUUUACAUGUGGAGGCUUUAAAGAUGUAGGCAAGCACAGUUUAAUUCUUCUCAUUUAAUGAUUUUGAUCUUGACUAAUGUUCUAUUUUACCAUCACAUACCAACACACAUAUCAAUACACACACACACACACACACACACACACACACACACACACAGCCAUGUCUCCAUCAGUCCCCCUGCAGGAGAUGAUCCGGGCCAUCAGAUCAGCCAGGACACAGUGUGAGGAGCGGGGUGUCAUCCAGAGAGAGUGUGCAGCCAUCCGGGCUCAGUUUAGACAAUCAGACAACGGAGGACGGUCGCACAACCUGGCCAAGCUGCUUUAUGUGCACAUGCUGGGCUACCCCGCUCACUUUGGUCAGGUGAGAGGAUUUUGCUAAUGCCUAUCAUGGGUUUGCUUGUGUUAAGAGUCCUUUGUCAUUUCAAUAGUGGGAACUGUGGUUGAUUUCCUCAGGCUAAAUCUGCAACAUUGCUAACUCAUGUCUAAAAAUGGGCCACUGAAUCCCCUCCAGCUCCUGUUCUGCUGUACAAGACCCAUGCCUGACCUCCUCUCUGAGCUGCAAAGAGGGAGGAACUUUUAAGUGACUUCACAUUAAAGGAGUUUUUCUUCUUCUUAUUAGAUGGAGUGUGUUCGGAUGAUAGCCAGCCCUCGCUACAGUGAGAAGCGAGUGGGGUAUCUGGGAGCCAUGAUGCUGCUUGAUGAGAAGCAGGACGCCAGUUUACUCAUCACUAACUCCAUCAAAAAGUAAGGACUGUCCUUUUGAUUUCUUUGCAAUCUGCAUGAGUAAAAUCUGGAAUGCAUUAUCACUGAGUUUGAACAAAUGACAAGGAACACAUAGUAGUGUGUGUGUGGGAGCAUGAUACAAACUUUACACAUGCAUUGUGGUAAUUUUAUAUCAGGGAGUAACAUAACAGACAGGGUGGUCUGGACUUCACCAUGCUUCCAUUUAAAAAAAAAAGUUUUAUUCUAGACAAUACAACAACAAAGAAAGGCAGACACAGGCAUACCCAAAAAUAUACAAAAAAUAAUACACAAUUUACAGACAAAAAACACUAAAAUGACAAAACAUCUUUACAAGUAAAGUAAGUACCACGCAAGACAAAGCCACUUAAAAAUUUCAACACCGUGGAAAGGAUAGAAAUAAGUUGGCUUCCUGUUGUAGCUAUUAAGGGGUCAAGGUUUAAGGGGAAAAAAAACAAAAAACAGACAAGACAAACCAAAGACAAACCAAAGUAAACAAAGGCCUUCCAUCACCACAAUUUAUAUUAAUACCAGCCUUCACCCUGACUCAAAGUUUCCCAUCCACAUUCAAGAGUUACACAUUGUUCUUUGUUUCUUUUGAUAUAUUUUUCAAUAGUUCGUGGAGAUUUCAAAAUCAUUUUGAAGUGGUCAGUAGUUAAUCGUUGUUUUUUUUUUUUUGUAGUUUUAAAUAGAAAAGCUUUUCCAAUCAUAGUAAUGAUGUUAUUCAAGUCUUUUCCUUCUAUUUCGUCCCUUAAAUUGCCAAACAUAAUAACUAAAGGGCAGCUAUAAAAGCUAGGGCUAUAAACAGAAAUUCAUUGACCUACAGUAAACCCAAAAAGAGCAAUUUCCUUACAAUACCAAAAUCUGACUCCUGUUCCUCUUCACAAAAUUUGCACAAGUCACAAUGUUGAAUACCCCAUUUUUUAAAUCUUUUUAAUCUACAUGGGAAAAUCUACAUGAAUAAAAUCUUGAAUGCAUUAUCACUGAGUUUGAAUAAAUGACAAGGAGCACAUUGACAUGUGUGUGGGAGCAUUAUACAACCUUCAUAAAUGCAUUGUGGUUUUUUUUUAUCAGGGAGUAAAAUAACAGACAGGGUGGUCUGUGUCUGGUUGACCUCUUCACCAUGCCUCAAUUUUUCCAUAAAAUGCAUUUCACAACAUUAGUGGAGAACAUUAUAAUCACGUGUCUGACAAUAUUUAACUGUCAUAACUGACACUAAGCGGUCUGUCACAGAGUAAGAGUGAAACAAACAAAAAAAGAAGGCAGACACUAAACAGUCAAUAUCAACAACAAGGCUGAUACUGUCAGAUGAUUUCAGUGAAACUCUGUUCAUUUUCACUGUAAUAGAAACAGAUAUCUCCUGUCCUGUGUGUGUUUUUCAGUGACCUCUCCCACAGUAACCAGUAUGUCCAGUCCCUGGCUCUGUGCACUCUGGCCUGUAUGGGUUCAGCUGAGAUGUGCAGAGAUCUGGCGCCAGAGAUUGACCGGCUGCUCCGAGCCUCCAACUCCUACAUAAAGAAGAAGGUGGGAACUGACGCAGGGAUAAUGUUUUUUUACUCUCUCUUUGAUUUCCUCUUUGACCUCUGCAUCCACUAUGAAUUAUUUCUACAAACUUGUGUAUAGACCUGUGGUUUAUACUCUACUUAACCUUAUCGAUUCCUCUUACAAAGUUAUUAAUGGAUCUUUCCACGCGUUUAAGAUAUCGAGUUUCUCUCUGAGCAACACACAAACAUUAAGGUUACCUAUUUGUUCAUUCACUUCAAUUCAUGAUAUCCUUCUCUGGACUGGUGUUUGUAAUGAUCAUCAUCCUUUUGAAGUUAAUUUAUACAUUUGUUCAUUCAGAUCCAACAAUCUCAGUGGGAGGUAAUCCGGCUUUCUAGCCUGAGUGUUGACUGUUUAAAUAAUCCUUGUGUACACAUUUCAAUCCUCUGUCAGCACUAACGCUCGCUGGGUUCAUCUGUAACCUGCUCUGGUUUUGUAUUGGUGGUGUUUAUUGUUUUGCUGUUCCUCCAGGCUGCUCUGUGUGCUGUUCACAUAGUGAGAAAAGUCAACGAUCUGGGGGAGCUCUUCGCCCCCGCAGCUCGCGCCCUCCUCUCUGAGAAAAACCACGGUCAGCUGAUCCGCCUUUAUCACAAGCCAGAGAUACCAGUUCAUUCAUGUCACUCCCUUGAUUCACAAACACCCAUGAUCCCUCAUGGAUUUGUCUCUGUUUACCUGUAGGUGUGUUACAUGGUGCUGUGGUGCUCAUCACUGAGCUGUGUGAGAGGAAUCCAGAGACCCUGGAGCGCUUCAGGAAGGUACAAAGGGGGUCAACAUAAACUCUUUGCCUGCUUUGAUGAAGUGAGUUUCCUGCUCUCUGUUGUUUCUGUUGUAAUGUGUUUUUGUCUUGUGUAUCUCAGACAGUCCCAGACCUGGUCCAGAUCAUGAAGGGUUUGGUCAUUUCGGGUUAUUCACCAGAGCACGACGUGGCAGGAAUCAGUGAUCCCUUUUUACAGGUCAGUCUGUACUUUGAAGUUGUUUAUCAAGGUAAAAAAAAAAAAAAGAGAGAGAGUUUUCAGACCCACUAAGAUGACAGGAUGGCAGUUACUUCUUGUUUGGCAGUUGGCUGGUGUGAACAUUAGUGAAUAUCCCAAACUGGUCCCUCCUUAGCCUGCUUUAAAAGGUGAACAUAUAGAUAACGACACAGCACUCUGCUAGCCUUUCAUGUUAGUCAAAGUUAAACUAGCAUUGUUCAUUGCUUAUCCGUCCAUCCAUUUACUUUCACUUAUCCGGGUCGGGUCAGGGGGGUAGCAGUGUAAGCAAGUUGACCCAAAUAUCUACCUCUACUCAGCAACACUUUCCAGCUCCUCCUCAAGGAUUUCAAGGCCUUUCCAGGCCAAUUGGGAAAUGUAAUCCCUUCAGUGAGCUCUUGGUCUGCCUCAGGGUCUCCUCCUAGUUAGAUGCUCCUCUAGUGGGAGGCGUUCAGGAGGCAUCCUUAUCUGGUGUCUGAAACACCUGAACUGACCCCUUUCACCUGAAGAUGUCUGAGUUUCUAAUCCUGUCUCUAAGGCUGAGACCAGCAAUCCUUAUUUCAAGGUGGGCUCAUUUCAGCCGCUUGUAUCUGCGAUCUUACUCUUUUGGUCUUUACUCAAAGCUCAUGGCAAUAAGUGAGAGUCAAGCGGUAAAUCUGAAGCUUUGAAGAGAGCUCAGUUCUCUCUUCAUCACAAAGGACUGGCCCUACGCUCAGAAUACUGCUGAUGCUGCAACAAUAGGCCUGCCAAACUCACAUUUUCCAACAGAGAACCACGGCCUUAGAUUUAGAAGUGCUGACUCUUAUCCUAGCCACUUCACACUUUGCUGUAAACCGCCCCAAUGCCUGCUGGAGGUCACAGCCAGAAGAUGCCAGCAGAACCACAUCAUCUGCAAAGAGCAGAGAUGGAAUGCUGAGUUCCCCCCUCCAGGCUUUGUUUUGAGAUCCUGUUCAUGAAAGUCACAAACAGAAUCAGGGACAAGGUACAACCCUGGUCAAGGCCAACCGAACUAAGGCCAUGUCUGACUUUGUGCAGAAUAUAUGGUACAGUUCACUAUUAUUGAUUAAAGAGCCAUUACAAUACAGCACUGACUCUAAAGUAACAGCAAAGACAUCUUUUUCUCACUUUAUUUUUUUCUAUAGUGGUGGACAAAAGUAUUGGCAUCCCUGGAAUUUUUCCAAAAGAUAUUUCUCAAAGAAAUUGAUGCAAUUACAAAUAUUUUAGUAUACAUGUUUAUUUCCUUUACGUGCACCAGAAUAACACAAAAAAGGAGAAAAACAAAGAUGACUAAAUUUGACACAAAACUCACCAUUUUAAAGCUGUGGGUAAAUCAUUUUAUUCCAAGUAUAUGAUGCUCAUUUAAACUCACCUGUGGCAAGUAACAGGUGCUGGCAAUAUAGAAAUCACACCUGAAGCCAGUUAAAAUGUAUUAAAGUUGACUCAACCUUUGUGUUGUGUGCCUGACGAGAAUCAUCUGACGAUGUAAGAAGCAAAAUUGUUAAAAAAAUAUGAACAAUCUGAAGGUUACAAGAACAUCUCCAGAGAUCUUGAAAUUCCAUAGUUUAUUGUGUGUAAUAUGAUCAAGAAGUUUAGAACCCCUGGAGCUGUGCCAACAAUUUAUGUCAAUUUUGGCUUUUUCUUCUGCUUUUUUCUGUUGUUCUAAAUAAAAGAAAAUGAAAUGUGUAUACCAAAAACUUUUGGGAAAUAUGGUGUAUUUUCUGGAAAAAUAUCAGGGCUGCCAAUAGUUUUGUUUAUGACUGUGGAUGUCUCAGCAGACAAUAGACUUCCUGUUCCACUUUGAACAGGAGUGGGCGAGUCUUAAAUUCAAUAGGUUACUAUUUCUGUGUUUAUAUUUGACUUUUCCCGGUUUCUUUUUCCACAAAUAUCCCCCAUAUUGAAUUUCCCCUGAAGGACCAAUAAAGUUCUUCUUAUCUUAUGUUCUUUUCCUUCCUAUAUUGCUGGCCCUGUGUGCUUAAACAAAUUGUUCUCCAUCUGUUCACUGUCUGUGUCCCCUCCAUCCUCAGGUCCGCAUCUUAAGGUUGCUUAGGAUUCUGGGUCGUAACAAUGAAGCAGCCAGUGAUGCCAUGAAUGAUCUACUAGCUCAGGUAUGACACACAUUUUUCCCAAACUAAUCAAAGCAGUUCAACUGCUUGUUGCAUGUUUGUUACUUCUUGGCCUUUUAAGUCCAAAUCAAAGACUGUUAAUGAUAAUUUGCCUCAUUACCACUGGUUGCUACAAGAGGUCUGAUUGCAUCUUGUAGCACAUGGUCUGUUUUAUAAAAUGCUACCACAGCCUAUCAACUCAGACAUGACAUUCUGUAUCAACCCUGUUGUACAAAUUUCUGUUGUCCUGCAAAGAAGCAAAAGCCUACAUAUCCCAAACUCAGUCAUCUAUCUGUAAUAAUUGUUACUAAUUGGUGAAUGUAUUUCUUUAUCUGACUACUGCUCUGACUUGUUGUACAGGUGGCUACCAACACUGACAGCACAAAGACUGUUGGCAACGCUGUGCUCUAUGAAACAGUCCUCACGGUAUUAGACAUCAAGUCAGAGAGCGGCCUCAGGGUGAGACACAGUAAUAUGUCCUUCUUAUACUUUUUAUAAAUCAUAAGCAAAUAAGCCUUCACUAAAAACACAUGAUUAAGUCUGAAUUUAUAAGAAGAAAAAUUUAAAAAGAAAAAAAAAUUUAAGAAAAAGAUGUAAAUACAAACUCUGCUUUCUUAUCCAGCAUGAGAGCUUUUACCUCGUUCACCUGAAGCUUGGUGUUGUCUAUGUUUUCACACUGUUUUCAGUUAGAUGACAUUCAAACAAGCUGUCAGCCACUCCCAAAUUAACUGGUGCCAAUUAAAAGGUUUAAAGAAAGUGCUAAGGCAUUUAUUUUGGAUGCAGGAGGAACUUGUUCAAACACUGAUGCAAAUAGACAAAAACUGUGAGUUGAAGUCAAUAUGCAACUUUAAAGCCUCUGUGAAGAGUUCUUUUACGUUCAUAAAAAAACUCAAUUCAUAUUGAUGCAUUUUUAUGAUGUACAAAUAGGGGUGUCCCAAUACAACUUUUUUACCUCCGAUACGAUGCAGAUAUUGUAGCCUUCAGUAUCGGUCGAUACUGACAUUGAUCCGAUAUUAGCAUCAACCUGUGCGUGACAAGUUUUUCACUCAGCUGCAACGUCUUUUUUGGACUGUAAUGCAAAAUACUACCACAGGGCCGACAUCACUACUUCUCCUUGCUACUUUGUUAGUACCUUCGUGCACACUUGUCGUGAUUACAGUAGAAACACGAAAGAAAGAGCCUUAUUUAUGACAUUCGACACCUGAAAUAUUCUCAAUGAAUGUUACAUUUCACUGUCAGAGAUCAGUAAGAUGAGAUACUUUGUCAUCUGGUCAUUACUGAAGCAUUUUAGGACAAGAUACAAACAGACUACUUUGUCCACAGGGGGCACCACAGUCAACACAAACAAAAAGUUCUCACAGCACCUUUAAUAUUUGGCUGUUUGUUUUACUUAAUACUGUUUGGCAAUAUUGAGAUACGUGCUCGGUCAUUGCCUGUUUUUAUUUUUUUGUGCAGGCCUAAUUUACAUUUGAUGUCUCACAUAAAUUUGAUGCCGUUGUGUUUUUUGUCCUGUUAUUUUAAGACAGGCGAAGUAUAACUUCAUUGAUCCCUAAAGGGAAAUUCAUGUUGCAAUCGGCCCUUUAAAAAAUCCUUUGUGAUUGAAUAUAUUUUGAUUUGAUCUUAAUUUUAAACAGAUGCUUGUCUUGUCCUGUGCAACAGGUUCUGGCUGUGAAUAUCCUGGGAAGAUUUCUCCUUAACAACGACAGAAACAUUCGGUUGGUUUCUUUUAAUCUUCAUCCCCCCCCUCUUAUGUCAGUGUUUCUCUUCCCGUCACUCACUCCUAUCCUCCCUCUUUCCUCCCCCUCCUCUGUUAUCUCCCCGGGUUAUUUUACCUUUUCCGUUCCACAAGGCCAACAGGCAGCUCACUGCUGCUUGAGAGAGAAACUUCCUCACAUGCUGUUAUCAGUCUGAGCUCACUAAUCACUUUCACUGGAGUCAAACCAGCAGACUUAUAGUCUCUGUCAGACUUAUUAUGAUCUCUCCAUUUUGGGCAGGUCAUUUCUCCUCAGACAGUGUGGAGACCUACAGCAGGCUCCUUUAUGGAGGUUGUUUUGUUAGUAUUUUUUAAGUUUGUCUCCAUAGGGGUUUUGUGGUCAGGCAGGCCUGUCUGGUUCUACCUGCAGACUGCUGAAUGUCUCUGUGGAUCGGUGACUGGAACAGGACUGGUUUAUUCCUCUGAGCCCUGCACGGCUGGAUAGCAUUUCCCUCUUACUCCCAUAAAUACUUAAUGAGUUCAUGAGACAUUUCAAAGUGGAAAGAUGAAUAAUUUAUCAUGGCAGGUCAAGAAAGUUCUGUUUGUACAGAGCUUGUCAGUAUUAAUCUGAUGGUUACAAAUUAGUUAUAUCAAUGACUUAUUUUCUCAUUUUUAUGGUUGCAGAUACAAACUGGCAUCUUUGAUUUUGUCUGCUCUGUUUGCAUGUCCAGGUACAUCGCCAUGAUCUCUCUACAGAAGAUUGUUGGCACAGACCAUAACGCAGUGCAGCGCCACAGGGGGACCAUCGUGGACUGCCUGAAGGACCAGGAUGCUUCUGUCAAACGGUAACUUUCCCCUCCAUAUCACUUGACGUGGUCAACUAUUCAACGCAUCGUUGUAAAGUUAUCUGUGAAUAUUGAGUGGUUAUUUUGCUUGAGAUGCCCAUCACUAAUCAGUGUAAACCUUAUGCUAUUUUAAAGCACCUUAGCUCGUAAAUGUAAGCAUUUACAAGCUAAGGUUGGAUAUAAACUUGUACCUGAGGGCACGUGUUGGUCUGUGUAGUUCUGAGGAGAAGGGUUGUGUAUUUUGUUGGUCAAGGAGUGUCUUCCUGCUCCCUGUAGAUAUCUGAAUGAGGAUAGAUCAAAAAGAUUAAACUUGAAACGCUGACAUGCGGAAAAUGUCUGUCAGAACUGUGUCUGCUUAGUUCAGAACAUACAGUAACACUUAAUAUGAGGUCCUUGUAGGGCUGGGCAAUAUGGCCUCAAAUCAAUAUCAAGAUGUAUUGAGCAGUUCACCUCAACAACGAUAAAUGGAUGAUAACUACUCCACAAGCUGCUCACCCCCUCACACAUUAACUUUGUCUACUUCAGCCGCCGCUCCAGCUGCUACAAGUUUUGAACCGUCCUCCAUCUCCUCACCUGUCUUUCUCUCUUUGUUACGGACUGGAUGGGGUGGAGUCACGUCUCUGACAUAGGAUAGUGUCUUAAAGGGACAUCAGACCAUAGCCUACCUACUCACAUCCAAAACCUACUUUCAUUUAUUUAUUUAUGUAUUUAUUUAUUUGACACCGAAUAUAUUGACAUGGACAAAAUUACUUAAGUUGUCGUCGGUUAUUGUUGUAAAUUUCAGUAUCUGUAAAUUUUUGGUGUAUCGCCCAGCCCUAGGUCCUUGUAAUAAGCAUUUAUUAAUAAUCACUUUUAAGAUCUUAUUGCAUGAUGAGUUUUAAAUUAGAUGAAUGAAAGACAGACAAAACAUGGCCACAGUAACUGCAGGGUCACAAGGUACAAUCUGUGUGUACAUACACUAUUGAAGUGUAUAACGAUCAACACUCAUUACUCCUUCUAGCCGUGCAUUGGAUCUGUCCCUGGCACUGGUGUCAGCCUCCAACAUCCGCUCCAUGAUGAAGGAGCUGCUCAUCUUCCUCUCCUCCUGCCCACCUGAGCUCAGGGCUCAGGCUGCCAGCGGCAUAUUUAAUGCUGCAGAGAGGUGAGGGACUGACUGCACACACAUGUAUGCUCAUAUACAGGACUGUAUCACACACACAAACACACACUUAUAUACUUUGGUCUGCCUGCAGAGACAGUUAAUGUGCGCUGUUGUCUCCGGCUGGGUUGAGUUAAUGUAGGCAUUAAUGUGAAGCAGCUGUUCAGGCUGUAACAAAUGGAUUCUGUGCUUAAAGUGCACUGUUUGUGUCUUCACGUCUCACUCUGUGUCUGUCUCCUCUCUCAGUGACGCCCCUGUCUCCUUUAGUAAUGAUGAACAGCUCUCUCUGUUUAUCUUUUGUUUCACUCCUGCCUCUUAGUGUGUUCUUGUUUUCUGUGUGUGUAUAUGUAUUGACAGAUGUGUAUGUAUGUGAGACUGCCCCUGAAGCUCCACUGAGUGUGUGUGUCUCUGUCUUUGUCAGGUAUGCGCCCUCCCAGCGCUGGCACAUUGACACCAUCCUGCAUGUCCUCACCACGGUAAAUACAGACUGAGCCACUCACUCUGAUGCACUCUGCUACAAACCCUGUUUACACCUGUGUCAACAUGUGUCCUUAUCGACCCGAUCACAAACGGACAGUCUUGACUGCAUCGAUUCACUAGAAUGUGCCCCUAGAUGUGUUUCCUAUCACCACUUACAAGAAGAUUUAUGGAGUUAUUGAUUAAUUUAACCAGAAAAGCCUCGAGAUUAAAAAUGUUUUUUACUGGCCAAGACUUGGAGAAGUACCUUCCAAAAAGUUAAAGACAAACAAAACACAGAACUAUUCUGAAAACAUUUCCUUAAUCAUACAACAGAAUGUCAUUAUUCCAAGCAUCUACAGCCUGAUGCAUCGUCCUCAAACACCUUCGAUCUCGGGUCAAAAACAUUCAGAGGGACCAGCUCACUCAGACCCAAGUUCUCUUACUAGAGUUUCCAAAGUGCAGAAGCAGCAUUUCUAAAAGUCUGGUCACUCAUUUUAAGAUACAUUCUGGGGACAGAAGGCAAACAAAAAGGCAUGUGACUUUUUCAAGUUAAUGAGGUUAGAACUACGUAUAUAAGGGGAGUACGCCCUGCAAGUAAGAACAUGCCAGUGGUUUUGCCUAUAUGUAGACAAAGAGAGCCAGCCAACUCAAGCAUACAGAGUCUUAAGAACCAAAGAUGAACUCAGCGCUCCUGAGAGUGAAGGUUUUGUAAUGAUGCAUGCAUAUAAAACAUCACCAUAGUCAAUCAGGAGCUGUAUCAACAACAGCAUGUUUUACUUUUUCUUUGCAGCAAAAGAACAAAGUAACUUACACUCACCGGCCACUUUAUUAGGUACACCAUGCUAGUAACGGGUUGGACCCCCUUUUGCCUUCAGAACUGCCUCAAUUCUUCGUGGCAUAGAUUCAACAAGGUGCUGGAAGCAUUCCUCAGAGAGCUUGGUCCAUAUUGACAUGAUGGCAUCACACAGUUGCCGCAGAUUUGUCGGCUGCACAUCCAUGAUGCGAAUCUCCCGUUCCACCACAUCCCAAAGAUGCUCUAUUGGAUUGAGAUCUGGUGACUGUGGAGGCCAUUUGAGUACAGUGAACUCAUUGUCAUGUUCAAGAAACCAGUCUGAGAUGAUUCCAGCUUUAUGACAUGGCGCAUUAUCCUGCUGAAAGUAGCCAUCAGAAGUUGGGUACAUUGUGGUCAUAAAGGGAUGGACAUGGUCAGCAACAAUACUCAGGUAGGCUGUGGCGUUGCAACGAUGCUCAAUUGGUACCAAGGGGCCCAAAGAGUGCCAAGAAAAUAUUCCCCACACCAUGACACCACCACCACCAGCCUGAACCGUUGAUACAAGGCAGGAUGGAUCCAUGCUUUCAUGUUGUUGACGCCAAAUUCUGACCCUACCAUCCAAAUGUCGCAGCAGAAAUCGAGACUCAUCAGACCAGGCAACGUUUUUCCAAUCUUCUAUUGUCCAAUUUCGAUGAGCUUGUGCAAAUUGUAGCCUCAGUUUCCUGUUCUUAGCUGAAAGGAGUGGCACCCGGUGUGGUCUUCUGCUGCUGUAGCCCAUCUGCCUCAAAGUUUGACGUACUGUGCGUUCAGAGAUGCUCUUCUGCCUACCUUGGUUGUAACGGGUGGUUAUUUGAGUCACUGUUGCCUUUCUAUCAGCUCGAACCAGUCUGGCCAUUCUCCUCUGACCUCUGGCAUCAACAAGGCAUUUCCGCCCACAGAACUGCCGCUCACUGGAUAUUUUUUCUUUUUCGGACCAUUCUCUGUAAACCCUAGAGAUGGUUGUGCGUGAAAAUCCCAGUAGAUCAGCAGUUUCUGAAAUACUCAGACCAGCCCUUCUGGCACCAACAACCAUGCCACAUUCAAAGUCACUCAAAUCACCUUUCUUCCCCAUACUGAUGCUCGGUUUGAACUGCAGGAGAUUGUCUUGACCAUGUCUACAUGCCUAAAUGCACUAAGUUGCCGCCAUGUGAUUGGCUGAUUAGAAAUUAAGUGUUAACGAGCAGUUGGACAGGUGUACCUAAUAAAGUGGCCGGUGAGUGUAUUUCUGAAAUAGUGGUGCAGUCACAGCUUUAGCUUCUUUACAAGUUGCUGUAUAUGAAGUUAAAAGACAGAGCAUCAUCGAUUGAGACCCUUAGGCAUUCAUAAGAAGAUACAGACUCUGUACAGUAUCAAAAGCAAGCAACAACUCAGAGCCUGGUAUUGUGACGGAGCUGCGCAGUAUAUGACAGUGUCAUCUGCACAUAAAUGUAAAUUUACUUUUGGAACAUUUUGACGACUGCUGUUGAAAUAAAGUGUAAAUAACAGUGGUUUCAAGACAGAACCCUGAGGCAUGCCAUUUACUACUUAAAGAUGAAUGAAGAAUUAAAUCAUCAGUGGCAUUACCAGGUACAAACAGGGUCGCACUUUUUGAACCAGGGGUACAUGUAUGAAGGCUGUCAAAUAAAUUUAUGACUUACAAACAAAGAUUUGACAAAUGUUUGCAGCUAUUUUGUGCAAACUUUCUUUCUUGCAUCCCCAGGUCACGAAUAAACCGUUUACUCCCAAAAAAAUUUUUCAUUUGUUGCAUCCUGACUUUUCAUUUUCUGCUACAUUUAGUAAAGAAGUAAAGGCUAAUGCUCUUUGCAGAAAUACCAUGUAUACAGAGGGUGAAAGAAGAGGAGGAUGUCUGAUUAAUUAAAGUGAAUCCUUAUCUGUAAUUGUCUUUAAUUGUGUAAUGUAGGAGUACUGUGAUGACAAUUUUCCCCAUGAGAGCUCAUUGUCUGGUCAAAAUAUAGGGCGACCCAAAUACUAAGCCCAGCUGCUUGUAUUUGACUCUGAUCUCCUCUCCAUCAGGCAGGGGGCGACGUGAGGGAUGAGACUGUCCCCAACUUGAUCCAGCUCAUCACCAACGCCUCAGAGCUGCACUGUUACACCGUCCACAAGCUGUACAGGGCUCUGCUCACUGAUAUCACUCAGGUUAGUGUUUUAGUCAUCUAUUUUCUAUGAUUUGCCUGCUCUUAAAUCAGUGCUCUAAAGCUCUGGAAGUUUGACCUUGGGGGAUUGAAGAAAUGAACAAAAUCUGUAGAAGGAUUAAUUCUAUGGACCUCUCUCUAACUGAACCCUGAUGACUUACUCUCUCACAGAGUUCACUUUGUUUGAAGCUAAACCCACAGCUGACACUUUAAGGUGGAGGCUCCCUUUACUCCCUUUACUCCUGCAGGACUCGGACUUAACAUGCCAUGGUCUUGUGUCGUACAACUAAUUAUCAGGGGUGAAAAAUAACAAAUUGCAUGUUCUCAUGUUACUGUAAUCAAUCAGCCUUUUAAAGUAAAGAGAAAUCUGAACUUUUAAAGUGAAUUUUGGAAUUGUCAAAAUAUCUCAUUGCACUUGAACUAUACUGACCUGACAGGUCUGAGUAUAAAUCUUAUUUGAAGCCAAAUUUAUCUGGAGAAGUUCCUUGAAAUAUGUAUCAUAUCACAUCUUAAUUAAGAGAAACUUUCAAGAAAAUUGUGCUUGCUCUAUCUGCAGCCAUUUUGGCUCAUGACAAUGAAUGAAGUCCUUGUUUUGGAGCUGAAGUAACAAGUCUUUUUGCACAGCCAGCUGUGACUGCAGUGUACAGGAACCAUUUACAAAGUGCAAUUUUGACAAAAGUCGCUGCAAAAUUUUCAGUGACUUUAUCCUUGAUAGAUGCUGUUGGCUGUGUUAUAGCAUUGAGUACUUAAGUACUUCACUUAAAAGCUUCUAUGAGGAGUUUUUUUUUUUUUACAUUUAUGAAAUGUGCUGAAACUCAAAUUGCCUUUUCAUGAUUUCCAAAAGCAAAUGCAGACAAGAUUGACUGAACUCCAGGUUUUAAAUAUGAGUUCAUGAAUCCGUUUGUUACAAUGUCUGUAUCUCCAUUCACUUCUUACCACACAAUCAGUGUUUGUAGGCCAAAGUGCUCAUGAUAAUCCUUGUCAAGUUCAUGCUUUAUUCCUGCUGAGCCUGUAUUACACCAUAAGCACUGAAAUAUCUAAUCUGUCCUUCAAAGACAGAAAGUUAAUUGAUGUAGUUUAACCUUUAACAGCGUAUUAAGUCCAGGUUUGUUUUGGUCUUACAGUAGAAUAUUGGCCCACUGAAAGAAACUGACUAAAUACAACAGUGCAACCCUGCAAACUACCAAGAAAUGAGCUGGAACCACAGGGGGGCACUUAUAGGAGGAACCCUGCUGAAUGAAGCUGAAUGAAGACUUAAGCUUUUUUUAAUCUUUACUUUGGCCCUGACAAAGCCAGGGUACUGAGAUUGUUCACAACCCGUCAGUGUUUCAGAAGCAAAAAGAUGAUGAGAGAUACAAAAUGGGUUAAAAAUUGAUUUAUGAUGAAACCAGAUGCUUCAACCAGGUUAAGAUCGAAGUCUGAUAUUUAGACACAGCCACACAUGAUAUGCUCAUGCUAAGAAAACAUCUUUGCGUCUGCAUUUUGCCACCCUGAUGAAAGGAUGAAGAGUUCAGGACAGAAAUUUCUUUUAUUUGUGUUCUCUGUUCUCAGCUUGAAAACAUCUCAGGAGAGAGAUCUCCAUUUGUUCAAUGGCUUUGGUUUAUUUCUGUCUGAAAGUCUGUGUCAGACAGGGCUGCUGCGGGUUCAUGGCAGUGGGAAUUGCGGGGCUAUCAGUGAAAAAAGUGGCUGAUGCAGUCAGGUUUAUUUUUGGAAGCAAAGUCGGAUGAGCAGCAGCCAUGUACUCAUCUGCAGAGUGCUGCAGUUUCACAUCAUCCACCACAUUAACCUCUGGUGAAUUGUGGGAAACAGUGUUUCCAGUCAGAGAGUUAACAUUGUAGGGAACUCUGUGUGCUCUACCCUUUUGUUUCUGAUUAGUUUCUGAACAGAGUGUGAGGAUGUAAUAUCUGUGUGUGCAGCAAUCCCUUGUGCAGGUGGCGUGUUGGUGUAUAGGAGAAUAUGGAGAUCUGCUGCUGAGGGGGGAGUGUCAGGAGACGGAGCCUGUUCAGGUACACCGAGCACCUGCUCAGUUUUAAUACAACAUAAUAAACCGGUGAACCUGACUUAUAGUACAGGGUCCUUUGUUAUUUAGUGAUAUUAUGUAGUAAUAAAGUCUGAGUGAGAUGUAAAUAAGUAGUUUGUAAGAAAACACCAAGUCAAUGAGGGUUUCAUGCAGUAAAUCAGUGCACAGCCAUUAACAACAGUAUAAUAACUAAGUCAUGAAAUCAUAUAUGUGAUCAGCAUAAGUGUUUGCAGUUAAACCACAAAGGCAGUAAAAACUGUAACAUAACAUAUAAUAACAUAACAUAUAAUAACAACAUCUGUAAUUACACAUAAUGAUGAUAAUAAUAAAAAAGUAAUACUGCUGAUAAUAAAAGUGAAAAUAGAUAUCUUUGAAAGUAUUAUUGCAAAUUAAAACAGAAAUGACGGAUCUUAAGCUCAUAUGCAGUUAACUUUCCCUAGUUUUGAGUGUGAUGAAAUGUUGAGAAGUUGAAUUCCAGACUCUGAAAUGAACAUGUUUCUCAUCCAGGUCACUGAGGACGACGUCUUAGACGCCUUGGAAACGGUUCUGCAGUCCCACAUGUCGUCCCCAACAACCAGAGGCUUCGCACUGACAGCCACCAUGAAGCUGAGCACACGCAUCACUGAUAAUGUGGAGUAAGAAACAAUGCUGGACAGAGUCAGCCGCAGCCCAGUUCUGGUUACAGGAAGUUGUUUCUAACUAAAGAUAUGGAAAUGAGACACUCAGUCUUUUAACUCAAAGGGAACAGAAACACGCAGUACACUAGCUUCAUGCUCUAUUUGUCACAGCCUGUAGGUUAAUAGUUAGCUUGUCAGUGGCUCUCAGACUGGUUAUAAGAUGAGUGAGGGCUGAAUUCAGCUUUCUCAAGUUAAAAGUGGCUGAUCAAAAUUAAAUGAAAGCUGAAAAAAUUGCAUAUUGCUAUUUUUCAAUCAUCUUCCAUUCUUAUGUGUCUCUACAGCAAAGAUUUGAUGUUGAGCUGUCAUGAAUAUAGAGUAAAAUCACAGAUCAUUUUCAUAAGGCCUAUCUCUAAGAAGUCACAGUGAUUUCUGACUGCUUCUCUCUCUCCGUCUCUUUCUCCACUCUCUGACAGUCGGAUCAGAAGCAUUGUCAGCAUUUACGGCAGCUGUAUAGAUGUGGAGCUCCAGCAGAGGGCAGUUGAAUACAAUGCUCUGUUCAAAAAAUACGACCACAUGAGGUAUGCCAAAACUUUUUUCAAAAGUUAACUUGACCUGCUCUUCAUCAUGUCCAUACACAUGUCUACAGUUUAGAGGGGUGUCUGUCAGUGCCUGGUAUUAACAUGCAUCUAAUCACAAGUGGGCAGCUUCAAGUGCAAGUGAUCAUACUUUGCAACAUCAUGUAUGUGUAGAUGAGUCUCCAGUGACCUUAUGUGAUAGGAUCUCAUUCUCCUGCUCUGUAUGCAAAUAAACACAGAGCCCUUUAUUCACCUUCAUCAGCCUGAAAAAACAUCCACUUUAAAAAGAGGCAGUGCAAACUCACAGUACUGAAGAGGAAAGCUGCACAUAUUUGCAUGAGCUGCAGAGAGGAGCAUGUGAUCACGGACUGAGACUUGACUGUGUGAUCAUGAUUUUUGUCCACAAUUGUGUUGUUUUUCAGAGAAUGUGAUAACUUCAUUGCAGGCCAAUGUCUCUAUUUCAAGAGCACACUCCAUGUUCUGAAAUGUCUGCCACACCAGUGCACUGCUUAUUGUGAACUGAUCUACAGUCUCAUCUCCUGAUCAUGACAGUAACAAGGAGAGGAUGUAGAUUAGACGUAGAUCAGGGCAAGACAAUUACAUCUACAGUCUACUUCUAUCUGCUCUUCUCUGUAAAUCAUAGAUACAAUCAUAGGUGUGCUGUUUUAUUCUAAACUAUGAUAAACUGUCCUUUCAUUUCAUCUCUGACUCACACCGUAGCCCCCUCUUCUGCACCUCCACAUGUCGGGUCAGGAUUGUCCCAUCUUCAUUCAUAUAUUCCCAUAAAUGUGGGUGUGUUUGCAUUUGCAUCCAUACUGUUGUAUCGACUUCAUGUUCACAUACUGGAAUGGCUGAGAAUAAAAAUCAGUAACAAUAUUCACAACUCAUGGUAGAGAGAUAAUAAAGCUUAUGUGAGAGCCAGGGGGUCUGAUACUCUCACAAGCUGCUGUUAUGGAUGCUGGGGGAGUGGAUGUACAUAAACGUGGCCCAGAAAGCAGUGUGUCUCAGACUACUUCCUCAUGAGUGGGUUUCCAUCUGUAGUUGAAGCUGUCCACUUGUGUUCAGAUGACCCAUGAGACGUGUUGAUACCAGUUAAAAACAGGGUUUUAGAAGGUCUUGGGAUUUAAAGGUGGAGUAGGCAGGAUCUGAGGAAGUGCCAGUUUUGGGGAGAAAUCCUGAAUGUAAACACUACCCCUCUCAACCAGUUUUCCCCUCAGCUCCUCCUCUACCCUCCCUCUCUGGUCCAGCAAGCCCUGCCCACACACAGACACUCAUCCUCACUUGUAUCGUUUCAAUUAAAUUCAAUUAAUAAUGCAGAUAAAUACUUCAGAUAAUUACAAAUGGGGCCCAGUCGACGUGAAAGUAAAAAGCAUUGGUGCUACUUUAGAUGCCAACAGACUACCAGCAAACACAAUGUUUGCAGGACUUCUACAACUUGGAUAAAGUGACAUAGUCCAGGACCCGAGGUAAACAGUUUAGCGGCGCUACAACACGUAGCAGGUCUCGUUUGACAAGAAACACUUCUGUUACAGACACUUGGCUCACUUUGUUAAAGUAGUUUACCUGUCCAGCAGAAAAGUUACAGAGUCCGUAAGAUCCCGAAGCGUCCCCCAUCAUUGUUGACCCGGCUUCUUAGCUUUUGUCUAGUCUACCUCUGUUUUAAGCGCCCAGAGUCUCCAGUAUUUACUUCGUUUUCUUGCUUGUGUUGGCAGUCGUGGCCAAAGGAGGAUUCAGACAAUUUUCUGGUUGGUUUCUACUGUCUGAUAUUGUAGCACGCUAACUUUGUUUGGGCUCCUGAACGACACGGGGGAGCAGUGUCUGCCUCACAACCAAUCAGCACUAAGGAGCAGCGUCCGCCUCACAACCAAUCAGGAUGGGGGAGGCGGGGAAUGGCUUUGUUUACAGUCAGAAAGAGUGGAGCGCUCUGAAAUUUUAAAAUGUUGACUACACAGACAUAACAAAACACAGCGAUAUCGUUAUAUAACCAAAUUUCAUCGAUAACUAAUAGUUAUUGACUGAUAUUAAAAGCUUUUUUGUAUAUACACCACAAAAAAGAUGCUUCUUAAAUGGAUUCCUGCCUACCUCACCUUUAAACAGAUGUUUGAAGGACAAAAAAAUCCUUCUUUCUGGCUAAGAUAAACUGAAUCGUCGCGUCUCUGCAGGGCGGCAGUGCUGGAGAGGAUGCCUGUGAUUGAAAAAAACUCACCUGGUCACACCAACGGAGAGUCAGCAGUAGAGACCCUCAAAGAAAUCCCGCCAGCCAAGGUGAAGCAGGGGGAGUCCCUCCUGCCUCCACAACCUACUAACCAGGUAAAUCCGAGCCGAGAUUUCUCUGCGUCCGGCCUCUCACAGCUUCUUUUCUUGUUGAUUACAAAGAUCUGAAUGAGCAUCAUCAUGCCAGGCUCUGGAUCCAGAUAUUCCUCCUCAUGAACCGUACCCCUCCGUUAUAUUCUAUGGAAAUUAGGUUAAAGUUUGUUCUUGUUUUUUUUCGUAGCACAGUUUGCCUUGGCGGGCUCACGCCUUUUCCUACAUGUGCUUUCAUGUAAAUCCCAUUACAGUGUAGAAAAGCAGCAGGUUCAACAACAUUUUUUCCUGUUAAAUCUACAACGACAAACUAAAAGAGGAAGACUGCAGCAGUGAUGUCUUCAUGGUAGAUAUGUUUCAUGAUGAUGAGUGAUUUGACCCUGUUUUAAAAGUAAAACUUUUAAAAGGAUUUUACAUUCAAACUAUCAUUUACUCAUAAUGCAGCAGUAUGUUGCUUUAGCAGUUCUCCUCUUCCCAUUGUGACUUUCCUCAGGUGUGUGAUCUUCUGGGCCUGUUGGGAGGUCCUGAGGAGACCCUGCAGCCCAGCCCAGCACUGAGCAGUUCAGCACCUGGUCUGCCCGUCAACACAGGCGGCACUGCUGGAGGAGACCUGCUGGAUCUGCUGGGAGAGUUAGAGCCUACACCCGUCGCACCAGGUCUGAUCAUUACCCCCACACAAGUUUUAGAGAAAAGGGACUGAGAAAUGUUGUUACUCUAAAUCAGACCCUGAUUACAGUUUCCCUUAGUCUCCCUUAGUGUCAUCAUGUUUUUUUGUUUGAUGGUUGGUGGUUUUUGAUACAGCGUACUUUUCUCCACAGCUCCCGCAAUGUCGGUGUAUGAGAAAGACGGCGUGACUCUGACACUAAGUUGUGAGAAACAGUCAGACUCCGGCCUCACAGUCACACUGACAGCCUCCAACACUGCCGACUCAGACAUCAGCAGCUUCACCCUGCAGGCUGCUGUACCCAAGGUUUGUUAUAUACAGAUCCACUCACUGGCGAGCAGCCGUCUCUGUCAGCUGUGAUUUCCGACUGCCAAGGGGUGCUAUUACAUUCAGAGGCCUCCGGCAUGAUGUGCAUUUUUUAAACUUUAAUAUCACAGAUACCUCAGUACCAGUCCUGUCUCUUCACCGGACAGUUCAGUUUUGUUUCCUGCAGUGUUUUUAUGGCAGGCCAUGUUUAUGGAGCUGUACAACAUGCAAAUGUUUUGGUGCCGUAAACUUCAAAGCUCUGUCUGAUCUUCCCACAGAGUGUCCAGUUACACAUGAAGGCUCCCAGUGGAGACUCACUACCUGCACAAGGGGCUGCGAAGGUGACACAGAUAGUCAUCCUCAACAAUCCCAACAAAGUGAGUCUGACCAGAGGUUUUCAGAUACUACAUUCUCCAACGUGAAACAACAACAAAGUGUUCGCAGACAUCAAGUACCCUUGGGAAGCUAGUGUUAUUGUUAAAGUUUGAGGGCUGUCAGCGUUAACAUGUUUAUAAAUGCUGAUAGUGCAUUAUUUUCUAAAACUACACGCAAUUUCCACACCAUGCAGCAUCUUCCUUCUGCCAGGAAAUGGUGCAUAAAAUAAACUUCCAUACAGCUCAGUUGACACAAGUAAAAAGACGUCAGCAAAAAAAUAUGUAGCAGAGCAGUAUUUUGGUGUGUAUGAAUCGUCACACGUGGAUGAAGAAACAGACAAACUAUCCGACCUGGAACUCCUGAGACGUGCGAAUAAUGCUGGAAAUCACUGGACAUCAGAGAGGAAUCAAAAUGAUCACUGACAUUUUUCAUACUUCUGUGUAAUAGUGUCAACGUUAAGAACCAGAAACAGAAUCUCGCUGCUCAGUCUGCAGCCUCUCCUGUUGCCUCAUACCCGUAGAAGUGUUGAGAUCUUCAUGAGUGUGGUUGGGAAACACACAUGGCUGAUAUUUUCUCUUCUAGAUCCAUGUCACACUUUGCAAGAGCACUGCUUUGUUUAGCUGCUUUGUAACAGUAGUUGUUCACACUAAAUCUCAUUUGGAGUAUUGUUGUUUGGGUUACUGUUUUGGAAAGAGGGAAACAAGCUUAUUCUUUAAUUCCACAAGUUUGGCACUCUCACAAAAACACUUGGUCUGCUCAGGUAAAAUAAACCCUUCCUUUAAAGUUUGAUGAAACAACAUUAGAAUAAAUCUUAAUACUUAAACUCCUCACAUUCUCAUACAGCUGUUGUCAUAGUUGGUACUAGUGAUGGGAAUUACUGCUCUUUUUAGUGAGCCAGAUCAUUCGGCUCAGCUCACCAAGAAGAGCAGCUCCCAAACGGCUCUUCAUUUUACCACUAAUACAUUUUCUAAUUCAGCCAAAUUUAGCAUUGUUUGGAUUAUGAUAUAAUAAAUAAUUCAAUACAUCCUUUGUACUGAAGUAUUCCCAAGUAAAAAUUGUAUUUUCUAAUAUCAGUAAAUUGCUGUAGACAUCCUGAGUGCAUCCGUGUAAUGAGCACAAGCACAUGGCACACCUUCGCCCCCCUUCUGCUUGGUGUAUCCUAGCCUGAUUGGUCGCACACAGCAUGCACGUGACAGUCAUGCACUGCACGCAUGGAGCACCCGUCACACCGUCAUUCUGCGUUGUAGUUUUUCUCUACGGUCUGUGCGGGGGAAAAAAGACAGACAGGAGCCAGCUCCCAUCGUUCACAUUAAAGAGAUCCAGCUCUUUGAACCAGUCCAUUCGCGACCGACACAUCCCUACUUGGUACACCACUUUCGAGUGUGUUUCAUGUUUCCAGGUCCAAAUCUUACAUUGUAACUACCAAACUACCAUCCUAGCUGAAACAGAGAUGAUUCUAACUGUCUGAACUCUUCUUCCACCAGGUUAACUUAAAGAUGAGGGUCCGCGUAUCUUACACCAGACAGGGCGCUGCCAUUCAGGACACGGUUCAGAUCGACUCUUUCCCCGGACUCUGACUGGAGCCGCUUAGUCUGACAGGACUAUGACGACUGAGGUCUGUGGAUGAGUCAGCAGGCUUCAUCACCAUCAUCAUCUCUCUCGAAAGUUCUGUUGCGACACAACAGUCCAAGCUGCUGUUUUCUCUCUGAAAUUCCUGCGUUUGUUGUUCUGAGCUCAAUCUUGUUUCCCAGGAAAUGAUCACAGCCUCAAUAGUUUCAUCCUCCUCUUGAUUCCAGGUGUUAAUGGGAAGGAUGAUAAGACAUGACAUGACAAGAUUUAGAAAAUGCUACUUAAAGGAAAAAAAUGAAUGAGAUAUAUCUGGAAUUUCUGCAAUGAUAUCAGUCAGGAGGAAGUUUAAACCAUGCAGGGUUUUUAUCAGCAGGUGUUUUUUAAUGUUUCACUUCAUAAAUGCUUACUUCCUGGGGCUCCAGUGUCAGAUUGAGCCACUAGAUCAAUUUGUCCUCAUAAAUUAAUGUUCACCCUCUUUGAACAGCUUUUACUUUUUUAAUGAAAUGUUUGUUUUCCAUCUUGUGUCAGUGGAAAGGCAGCUCCCUGAAGACCCACUAUUUAAAAGAAAAAAAGCAGAAGUUCUAACCCAGUAGACUAGAUUUCACUCGAAGAAGCAAGUUGACUUGAGAUUGAAAGAUGGCGUUUUUUUUUUUAACACAACCUUGUGUGUUGCACUUCACUUGUCCUGUUCCUGUUUUAUUUUUUUAGCCUUGCUCAGUUGAACCACCUCCUAAGUGAUUCCCCUGUGCCUUUCAUCCUCCUAUGAAAUGCAGGUUUACUCAUGUACAAAAGAUGCAAUUUUAUUUAGUUUAUGAAGCAGAGAAAUGGUUUUAAAUGUAAGUGGUGUUAUCGUAUCAAGAUGUUUUUAUCACUCCCAAUCAGCGGUUUCUCCUUGCCUACUGUUUACAGAAGUGUGAAGAAGAGCAGACUUGAAAGAUGAUGGACAAUAUGCUGUCUAAAAAUUGUAAAUUUUACCUUUUAAGAAAAUAAGCACAACAAGAGGAGUUUGGAGGAUGUAGACAACAACUCUUUGUGUUAGAGGGAAGUAUCGGCUUUAUUGAUGACUAAUUUCUUAAUCCUGGAGCUCUGUUAUAAACACUCUGGACAUGUCAGUAAUGGUGCUCCUCAUGAACUUCAGUGCAAACUCUACCAGACUGUUUCAGAUCACUACAUCAACAAAACGAAAGAAAAGAGCUGGAGGAGUACUCUGACAGGUGUGUGAACUGUCUUUAAAUCUUUAGUUUCAUGUCAUUUUCUAAUAAAAAUGCCUUUUCAGAAUCCUCA